CAGGAGUACUUACUACUGGGUUUUUUGUUUAUCGGCUUGUAUUCAUUGGAUUGACAUUAGAGAUAGAUUGAUCAUCAAUCUGCCUAGGAUAUAUAUACUCUUUACAGAUCAAUAAUCUGUGGAAUGUUUUAUAAAGAAAGAUCACCACUUCUUUAGAUACCUGUGAUAUGGGUGUUGGAUUUUAUACUUAUAAACGGAAUUUUUAAUCAAUAACUACUUAAGCAUUUAUCUUGCUCAAAAAAAAGUUGUUAAUUGAUUUCCACAUCCGGAUUAUUACCAAUAAUUAUUCUCUAUAUAUAUAUAUUUCAUAUAUAAAAAAAGCUUUCUUCUAUGAUUGGAAGUAUGCGACAUCGUGGUCCUACUACUACCUCAGAGCUUUCACCUGGUUUAUAUAUGGAUAAACAUUGUGCAGAAACACCACCAAUGCUAGUUGGUGAUUCCACAAAAUCUGAUGUACACCCCGCUAAUGGAUUAUACAACAGUACAUCUGCUGUAAGUACUUCAAAAGCCUCUAGAAUCCCUUCAACAGCAGCAGCACUAUCACGUAUGCAUUCAUCCACUACUACAAACAAUUGUUUCUCACAUCCUAAUCGUGUUCAACGACAAGAUUUUAAGUCGAAGUAUCCAAGUCAAACAACUGGUUUAAUGAACACAUCUCAGGAGAAGACGACAACAAGUAACAAAUCUGGUAGAUAUAUGAAUCAACGGAAAUUACGUAAAAAGGGUAGUAGUGGUAGUAGUAAGCGUGAAACACGAUUUCAAAUGAAUGGAAGUACCGAUCAAAAUCUGCAUUCACUCAAGGUCACUAUUCGAAGGACGUAUAAUUCGAGUGAAUUGGAAAAUGGUGUUUGUGCAAUUGUAAAUACACCUGAGGAGAAUAAUGCUAAUAAUAAUAAUAAUAAUAUUGGUAAUAAUAACCAUGAAUCUUUGCAUCGAUCAUAUAAUCCUGUGAAUAGUAUACAAACAGAGCAUUGUGAUUCUCAACAUUUGAACGGGAAAUUAAAUACUAAGGAUUUAUAUAACUUAAGAGGUCUGUCUACUCCCAAAGAUUCUCGUGUAUAUGUUGAUUCGUCAACGUCUACUGUUGACAGCGCCACACUGACUGAACCGAAUCUAUUGGGUCCGUGUGAACCGGGUACAAAAAUUAUUGUAGAAGGUGUUGUCUGGAUGGAGGCUACAGGAAUGCUUGUUCUAAGUCUUCAUUGGCGUGGGCGUAAUUAUAUGGGUACUUUAUUGGAUUCAUCUAAGCAAACAUUUGCGCCAACAUGUAUGGAUAAAGGUGUAGCCAGUGCAUUAAAUCUUCUCCGCGGUCGGAAGGCCUGGUGUGAUACAUCACAAAGAGGUUAUCAAGCUCGUGGUAUUCAUCACUUUCAUCAUAUGCGUCAUCAUCGUCGUGGUGGAGGUGGUAGCGGUGUUGGUGCUGGUGCUGGUGGUGCUGGACAUGGUGUAGGCGGUUCAAUGACAACACGAUCAGCAUCGGCUGCUGCCGCUGCAGCAUCACAAGAUUCAACAGAGACAGAUGUCGACUCGAAAGAACAACAACAACCUACAAAUCCUGAUCCUUAUUCAACAGAUUGUAUAGACCAACCUUAUACGGUUCCAGAAACAACUUUUAGUAAUCAUAAUAAUCAUAAUAAUCUUGGUAAUAAAAGAACUCUUCCACCUUCUGACAUUCCUCAACGUGGUGCUAAAGGACGUAGACGUCGUGGUGCUGGUGGCGCUGGUGCUGCUAGUCGACGACCAAUAAUACAUCAUUCAGUUAACACUGGUCUAUCUCUUUCUGAUGAAAAUCUUUUAACUUCUUCUGAAGUCAAGUCGUCAGCACUAACUGAUGAUAAUGUUGUUGUACAUAAUUCUGAAACUCCUCCUCCUCCCCCUACUAUAACUGAUAGUACAACUGGUGAUUCUGAUUCAACAACUAGUAACCAUCUUCCAUUGAAUUGUCCAUUUAUUGAUUGUAAAAAACGUUUCUCUGAUAUUUUAAGUAUGCGAUAUCAUUUUACCUUAGGGCAUAGUAAAGAACAAACGAAUGACACUGAAUCAUCGGUACAAGGUGGUGGUGGUCUAUCCACUGUUUAUCCCUCUCAAAGAAAACAGAUGAGCUCAAUGAAAACUGAGAAGAAUGCUGUCGUUAUCGACAAUCAUCAUGAUGGUGUGGAUGGUGUUGAUCACUAUGCAGAAGAUGAUGAUGUGGAAAUAUCGAUCUGUGAUAUAUCUGCCAGUUCAUCCUCUCCACCACCAAAAUUGGCUAGAGCACAUGUUAUUAAGGAUAGAAUUAGUAGUGAUAGCAAUGAUACAAGCAUGUUACUUACCAAUGGAGAUGAAAAUGAUGACAAUAUUGAACCACCGAAACUUCAUCGUGUCAUUUCGAUACCUGAUUCUUUCACUGGUGUCGGUGUCCAUCCGACAGGGAUAGGCGAUUCAACAACGUCGAAAUUUAAUACUAUUAAUAACAAUAUUAUUAUAACUGCUACCACUAAUAAUCAUAAUAAUAAUAUUGUGUCAGAUAUUCCAGACGAUGAACCUCCAGCUGCAAGUCCUGCCUAUUCAGAUAUAUCUGACGAUGGUACAAUAUCCUCGACAACAACUAAUAUUCCUAUUUUAAAUGUUGCCAGAGCAACAGUUGAUGUGCAUAGUUCCCGUGAAUCAUUACUCUCCAAUUCUCCGUCUAUUCUCUCUUCAAAUCUAUCUAAUCAACCGUCAUUAUCAUCUCAAGGAUAUAUUGAUGUAUCUAGACGGCUUAAUCUCUCACCGUUAAUUCUUUCCGCUUGUUCUCCAACGCUUCUUGGAGCUGGUACUGGAGAUUCAAGUAAACUCUAUCUACCAGCGAAUAUAUUCCCAUCGAAUUUAAAAGGUGGUGUCAAUAGUAUUUUCUAUCAAAAUCCCCCUGCAACAGUCAAGUGUGUAGAUAAACAAAAUAUAGAGAAUGGUUGUUUAAAAUCAUCGAUUGGAAAUAAUUCUACGAUAAACUUUAAUGAUAUAUCAAGUCCUCAGUCCUCUUCUGCCAUCAAUGGUAUUUCAUUGCCUCCUGCUCCUGCUUUGAUUCCUCCUCAGCCUUUAUCAUCUAACCAUCAGCAUUAUCCGAAUUCCAGUCGACCAUUGACAUUUUUGUCUGUUUCACCUGGAUUAAUCAAUGAACAAAAUACACGGCCGUCGUCGACAGGACCGCUUCUAUCUAAUCCCCCGUAUACAUUUUGUGUUUCGAGAAAUUCUCCUAUCCCACCAUUACCCGGUGUUUCCGAUCAAAGAAUCUUAUCACCGCAUAAUACAAAUCAUAAUCAUCAUUCUUCAACUUCUCAUCGUCAACCGCCUACAAUGUCAUGAUGGCAAGAAGGAAAAAUGGCUGUACGCAUGUGCGUAUGUAUGUGUCUGUGUGUGUGAGUGUGUGCCUAUGCCAGUUGAGUGACUGAGUGAGUAUUUUAUCUCUUUUCUGUCUCAGUUUUCUUUGAAAUCAGAUGUAUAUUAUUUACCUUUCUACACACACAUUCACACAUUCUUGUACAAUACUCAGUAUAAUUAACAAGCAGUACAAUAGUUGACGGGUAGUCGUAGCAUUAUGAUUGUUACUACAACAACUACUACGAUCAAUAAUUAUGACAUAAUCAUUUUAACUCUCCCCUCCCCUCCCCUUGACCUUUACUCGUCUCCCACCCCAUCGCCGAGAAUUAUUGAUAUGUUUAAAACGUUACCGCGACUACCGCUGCUUCCAGACGAGAAUACACCAUCACGUGGCAACACUUUUCCUUAGACCUCUUUUUUAUUGAUUUUUUGAUUUUUCGCCUUCUCCUCCCAACCUCCACUAGCCACCUGAUCCACCCUCUCCUUUUACUUUACUUCAGUCUAAUCAAACUGAAUGAGUACCAGUCAACUUGUAGAUUGUGUGUGUGUGUGUG